UAAAUUACAUGAGUUUUCAAAUCACUUCCAGUGAUUUCUAUUUAUCUGUCUUAUUCCUCAUGGAAUAACCCCAUGGAUAGAACUUAUUGAAAAACAGUUCAUCAUUUCUCAAAUUCCAAAUAAUAUAAGCAAAUUUUAAGUUUAAUAAUAGGCCUCUUACCUUAUUUCAAGAUAAAAAUAACUGACCAUCUUUUUGAAACUAUUACAUUGAUUUAUUCAUUGUAUCAUUCCAAAUAGACAAUUAAUUACAUUAUAAUAGGUAUCAUUAAUCUAAGCUGAAGACAGUGCGUUUUUGGAGUGAGUGAUGAAAAAUAUAUAAGAGUCAGUAACCGCUAUUAUGUGUUAUAUCAGUUGUGAUUUAGAUAGUGUUCUAUUCUCUUUCUUUCCAUAGAACUUGGUCUGACCUGACCAGUGAUAUCGGAAUAUUUAUUAGUCAGUGUCAAGGAUAUCAGCACUGGAUGAAAACAUUAAGACAAGAUUGAAUUAUAAAUAGAGUGGUAAACAAGUGAGAGCUGUCACACAGCUGCAGUCAGAAUCCCUUCUCCGGACUUCCUGAGCAGAGCAGGUUCUCUCCGAUCUUCAAUCCUGAUUAAAUAUUUCGCCCAGAUCUAUUUCCACUGCACAUAUAAAUAGGGAGUUGAUUUUUCAUUACGGCAAAUGGUUUUUGUUUGUCGCGGCAAUAUGAAGACUGUCAGCACCGGUGAUAGUAUGGCUCAGCUGCUCUUCGUAUUCUUGUUCUCUCUCCUGCACGUCGACUGGACUCUCGGCCAAACUCAGGGCCACAUCUUAUACGGAGUCCCAUCAGCCUCAUCACAAGUCGUCUUCCAGAACGAUGCAGGAGUCAGUCGGAGUCUAGAGCUGCUUCCUCCCAAGUCACCAAUCCUGGGACCGCUCAUCAAGACCCUCAUCCUCAGCACACCCUCUGAGACCACCUUCCAGCCGGGCGCCCCUAAGGAUGUGCCAGAGGCGCCCUACCUGUACUACAGGCCACCUUCGCCCUACAGGAGUGCCGAGCCCUUUGACAGGAAUGUGCCCUCGAGGCAUACCAGCGAUUAUGUUCUUGUACCCUACAGUGUUCCGGGGUCUAUCAGCUCUGAACCACUUAAUGCCCCACCGGGAACCGUAGUGAUAUUAUGAGGAGUGUGAUAGGAAUUUGAGUGAAACUAUAAACAGUAUUCAAAUUCUCAAUGCAAAAUUGAAAAGUUAAAGAUUAAUGGAAUGUAUAUGAAUGUUGUCAAUCAACAUUGUUUGCUCAAUUAAUCGAUCUUCGUUAAAAUGAGUAGAAAAUGCAACUCUGUUGACAAAAGGGAAUGUGUUACUGAUAGUAAAUCUUUUAUUUAUUCAGGUUUUUGAAAUUUGAAUGAAAUUAUGCUCACAUGAACCACAUUAGCCCAAGGAUUCUGGAUGUGUGUGUAUUAUUGGAGAUGGGUGGAUGAUGAGUAAUGAAGGUUUGCAAUAAUGAACGAUGAAUGCAUUAUUUU